UGGCGGAGGCCGCUGAACUGCCGGUGCAGCGCCGAGCGCCGGAAAUAGUAUUGCUGGGCGGCGGCGGCGGCGGCCCCAUAGCGGCGGCGGCGAGGGGUGCGGCCGCCAGACGCGUCGUGCCAGCGCCGGCACGGCCCGCUGCGGGUGAGGCUGCGUCGCUGAUUGUGGUGGGUUGCGCGGGGCGGGACACGGAGGGGCGCAUCCGCGGCGUGGUCAUGUUGUUGAGACUGCUGCCGCCGGGAGCCGCCGAGCACCCCCAGACGCGUCCGGCGGAGGCUGAGCAUGCCGGCCGAGGUGCUGCAUCUCCCACGGGCGUUCAGGGGUUCGGGAGCGUUCGGGAGCGCCAUGGACACUAUGGAGACCUGCAUGGCGCUCAUGGCAGCGGCAGCGGCGGCGGCGCCGCCGCCGCGCAUGGACCAGAUCAGCCAGCGGGCGCCGUACUACCCGCACCCCUGCAGAUGAUCCAGCGGCUGGUGGUGCCGAAACCGGUAACCGCCGUUUGUCCGUACGACAGCUGCACGCUCGCUGUAGCGGCGGGCCGUCGGCUGCUGUUCUACCGCCUGCGGGAGGCGAGGCUACACCGUACAGGAUGGCAUGCCACACGUAACCCCGCCACGCAGCUGGCGGCAUGUGCUAACCGCCGGCUGCUGGCGGCAACCGACGGUACGACAGGUGUCGUACUGUACGGUGUCGUACAUGCGGAGGCGGACACGCCCGGCGGCCCGGAUGGCCCGCCGGUGGCGUUGCGGUUGAUCGCCGCUGACACGGUACCGCGAGCCGUCACCAGCUUACUGCUGCUGCCGCCGCCGCCGGUAUCGCUUCCAGCGAAGGACGCAGAGGAAGGAAGCCCUGCGUCGGCGACGGCGGCGGCGGAGGCUGGCGAUGCAAGCGGCGCUAGCACACCAAGGGAAUGGCCGGAAGCAAUGGAAAUGGAGGAGCCGGAAGCUGGUGGUGCCGAAGACGCCGCCGCCGCCGCCGCGGCAGCGGCAGCGGCAGGGGCGGCAUCACAAGGUGGCGCUGCAAACAACGUGACUGCAGCAGCGGCGGCAGCGACAUCACAGCCGCCUCCGCCGGCGCCUCCUGUGAUUGCCGUGACUGACUCGGCGGGUCGGCUGCUGCUGCUGACGCCAGACCCGCACGGCGUGCCCCCUCGGCGCCACCUGACGGUGCUGGCGGAGGCGCAGGGCCCGGACGUGGGGUUACGGCUGCGGGCGCUGCUGCCGUCACCUACGGUCCGGUACAACGCAGACACGCCGGCUCCGCCCCCCCGCUCCGCCCCCUCGCUGCUGCUGGCGGGGCUCAGCGGUGCCGUACAGCAGCUGGCGCCCUGCCCCGCUGCCGCCGCGCCGCUGCUAGUGCUGCUGGAGCGGGCGAUGAGGGAGGAGCAGGGGCAGGGGUGGGGUUGGGGGCGGGGAGAGGAGCAGAGAGAGGAGCGGGGCCAGGCAGAGGCGGCUCAGGCGGCGGCACCCCUGCAUGGCACACUGGCGGCUCAGGAGGCGGCAGCCUUGAGCGAGGGCGGCGCGGCGGCAAGCAGCGGAGCUGAGGCGGCAGUUGGUGCAGGGGCGGCAGCCGGGGCAGUAGUGAUGCAGGAGGGCGGGAUGGGGGCAGCGGCAGCUGCUGAGGGAGCGGCGGGACCCGCGGAGGAGGGUGCCGUGCGGGAGAUGCGGGAGGAGGAGGAGGCAGGGCGCGAGGGAGAAGACGACGUGCUGUCCUGGUGGCGAUGCCCCCGCACCCACGGCGGUGUGCUGGAGGGGCAGCACCUGGAGCUGCUGCUGCAGCUGCCGCCCCGAGUGGGGCUGCGGGUGCUGCGGCGGGUGCCGCGGGAGGUGUUGGCGGCGGCGUUGCGGGCGGCAGGGGGCGGCGACGGUGGCGCGGAGGGGUUCAACCGGAGAGCGGAGCUG